CUUCUCUUGCCGGCCCCUCUCCGUCCGCCCCGCCCGGCGUCGCCACAUCCGGGUGCUGUCUCCGCUGUCACUAUGGUCAUGGCGGAGGGGACGGCAGUGCUGAGGCGGAACAGGCCUGGCACCAAGGCCCAGGAUUUCUACAAUUGGCCUGAUGAGUCCUUUGAGGAGAUGGAUAGCACGUUAGCUGUUCAGCAGUACAUCCAGCAAAACAUCAGGGCAGACUGUUCCAACAUUGAUAAGAUCCUUGAACCUCCCGAAGGCCAGGAUGAAGGUGUAUGGAAAUAUGAACAUCUAAGACAAUUCUGCCUUGAGCUCAAUGGACUCGCUGUCAAGCUUCAGAGUGAAUGUCACCCCGACACGUGCACUCAGAUGACAGCAACCGAACAAUGGAUUUUCCUUUGUGCAGCUCACAAAACACCCAAAGAGUGUCCUGCUAUAGACUACACCAGACACACACUUGAUGGAGCUGCGUGUCUUCUGAAUAGCAACAAGUAUUUCCCCAGCAGGGUUAGCAUAAAGGAAUCUUCUGUAGCCAAAUUAGGAUCUGUGUGCCGAAGGAUCUACAGAAUAUUUUCACAUGCUUAUUUCCAUCACCGGCAGAUAUUUGAUGAAUAUGAAAAUGAAACUUUCUUGUGUCACCGGUUCACUAAGUUUGUGAUGAAGUAUAAUCUGAUGUCCAAGGAUAACCUGAUUGUACCCAUUUUGGAAGAAGAAGUGCAAAAUUCAGUGUCAGGGGAGAGCGAGGCAUGAUGGGGAUGACAGUAUUGAAGCCUAUACUGAAUACAAACAAAACAAAUUAAUGAUGUACUGUAUAUAUCAUUUUAGACACUUCAAUCACGUAUCCUCAUAGCUUUGUUUAGUAUACUUUUUGUAUGCUGUGUGCAUUGCCUUUUAAUAUGGGAACUACUUUAAGUUAUUCACGGGCUGUAUAUUCAUCGACGUGGCACUCAUGGUUUUUAAAUAAAAGUAGCAGUAUCUGUUUAUAAUGCCUGGUAAUAAAAAGAAUUUACAGUUCUCUAAAAUUGCUGCUAAACAAUCAUUGAAUCAACAAUCCCGAAGAUGACAGAUUGGGUGGGGAAUAAAGCAAGAUUAAGGUUACCCAACAAGCCGUUUUGUAAUACGGCACCUAGGUUAGAGGAAAGAUUUCCUCCUUCAAUACGGAAUUGUGCAGGAAGCUCUUGGCAGCGCAGCUUAUUCCUAAUUCAGCUUUUAUUUUUUUAAGAUGGCUUAGGAGAUUUACUUCUGGUUGUGCAUAUUCUUGUAUGCGUCUAUCCAAACACUAAUAGCAUCUAUAGUAUUAGUGAUACCAAGAGGCUAACUUGACUAUGAUAUUUAACAGAUAUGUUAUUGAUAUAGAUAUCUAACUUACCUUUUCAGCCUGUUCUUUCCCUUUUAGUUAGCGGUGGAGGCUUGUGUGCAGCAGGGGCUGCUUCCUGUCCUGUUACAGCACGCUUCUGCUCUUCUCCACUCCGCAGUUUCUUUCACAGUAACUGUGGCAAAAACACCACCAACUCCAUGGCUUACAGCUGUUUGUAUUUAUGGCGGUGGCUUACAGAGUAUACCUCACACAUAUCCUCACUACAAUACGUAACCCACUAGCAUAGCCUUCACUUGUAUUUUCAGACAGACAACACCUAAGUACUUGAAAAACAGAGCCUGACUCUGUAAGAGUUGAGCAUAUUCUCAGUCUCUAUUAAUUUUUCCUUGUUCACCUGGAUUAUACUGAGAGGAAGAUUUGGACUAACGCCUCUGUUCCCGUUUAGCUGUUUGUUUCUAUUUGCCUUCGCAGAUUUGCAAUAACUGACAAUUUCCAUGAGUGCUGCUUAAUUGUGUUUUGUCUAGAAUGCUAGAAUUAAAUGUGUUAGAGCUGUACUGCUACGUGGAGAUGAAUGCAGGGUGUAAAAGCACUAGCGGUGUUCUUAUGUUAAAAUGAAGAUUGCUUAUUAGUUCAAAGAGGUAGCCAGUUAUUUCUGUUGGAAGUUGCUGGGGGGGAGGCUCUGUUAUUUCUUUAUGCAGGUCACAAUGGACUAACUAAGCUAGAUUCUGUAAAUUGUACUUGGUUUUCUAAGUUACGCUUAUCCAGAAAGAUGACGGUUCACCUGUUUAAUAUAUUUUUUUUCCCCAUAAUACACUAAACAUGCCUUAAAUUCUCUUUUUCUUUACACAAAUCAAGCACACCUCAAGCAACUGUACCACCUGGAUGUAAAGGGAAUUUUACCUAUGAGAUAAUAAAGAGACUAAGCUUAUGAAGCACAUCAGCAACUGUUUUCUUCAGCAGCUGUUUUGUCUCGCAUUUUCAAUUGUAUUUAACUGUCAGCGGGGUUAUUGCAUGAGAUGUUGUAUGAGCGAACAUAGCUUCUGUUACUGUCUACACAGUUAAUUCCAACUUGCCUUGUAUAGACCAAACAGGUAUCUUAAGUUUGUAUUACAGGCAAGAAGACAAUUGUAUUUUGGAGAUGGCAAAACGUUUUUAGUUCUGGUACAGUUUGCUAUAGGACCAUUCACGGCGCGGUUCUUUUGUACAGUCACUCUGCAUGCUUAUAUGGGUCACGGUGACUGACAGGCAACAACAUGCAACUUGUGUUAAUGAUUAUUACAUUUCCUUUACACCACCAAAGAAAAUGUGGUGCUCAGGACUGCAUUAAAGUUUUAAAGCUCUUUUCAUCCUCUCACGCUUUAAGAGUUUCACUUCAGAACAACACUCUGGGAGUUUUUAUCCUGUUGAUUCUCAGAUUUGCACUGUAAAUCGACUUGCUCGCUUUAGCUGGUUUUAUAUAUAAGGCUUAAGUGAAACACUGCUUGUAUUUUCCCUUGUUCUUGUUUACACGAGUACUGUGUACACACACGUGCCUGAAUGGUACCAUAAAACUGCACUUUGCCUAA